AUGCACAUCUUGAGGAGCUCUUGCGGAGUAAACUUCUGGGGACAGGCAAAAGUAGGGGCUCGCCACCUUGCAAUGAACUCCGUGACAGGUUCAUGCUUGGUCUUGAGUUGUUCGGGCACUCCAACCCUUCUUUGUGUGUUGCUGAACUGCUUCCUGAACUCCGAGACCCUUGCUUCCCAAGUCGGGAUCGACUCUUCAGAGAGGUGGGCGUACCGUGUAAAGGCGGGCCCCUCCAAUGAUUGUACGAAAAGCCUAAGGCACAGUGCCCCAUUCUGCGCUACCGGCCCACAUCUUACCAGGAAAUGCGCUAGAUGCUGGUGCGGGUCUCCCCGUUCCGUCGAACUUUAG